CAUGAGGACAGAAAAGAAAAGCUGUGAGAUACGAGGAAAGGAAAAGAAGAAGCUCAGUCACCAACCAGAAGUCGAGUAAAACAAAUCUCGAAGAUGUCACUGGGUUAAGUGUCCGGAAGGGAUGAAUCGGACGCUCCCGACAGAUUUAGAGGACAGAAGGAGAAAGUGUCUCUCAGCUAUUAACAGCUGACUCUGGCAAAAGAAGAACAAGAAGAAUGAGAUGACAAAUGCUGGUGAUUUGUGCCAUUCUGCAUCGGACAAAUUAGGAUUCCCUCAGUGACCGGAGGUCCAGGAGCUUAGAUUCAUCUCAGGAACGCAAGUGGAUAAACUUCUAGUCUGACUUUAAGCCUCUCCUCUCCAGCCGCAAUGCCCCAACGAGUGAACCAUUUCCAGGGUCAAAGCUUUCACAAGCUGAGGCGUUCCUGCCUGCGUCGAGGUGCGCUCUUCAAGGAUCCCCUGUUCCCUGCCAACGCACAGUCCCUCUUCUACAAGAGGGAGCCCCCGCCAGGACUGACCUGGAAGAGGCCGAUGGAGAUAUGUAAGGACCCCCGUCUGUUUGUUGACGGCAUCAGCACUCGGGACUUGCACCAAGGCAGUCUGGGUAACUGCUGGAUGGUGGCUGCCAUUUCCUGCUUAGCGUCUGAGCCAUCUCUGUGGAAGAAGGUGAUCCCAGACCAUGUGGGCCAGGAGUGGAAUCCGAAGCACUCCGACCUGUACGCAGGCAUCUUCCAUUUCCGGUUCUGGAGACUCGGCCGGUGGACGGACGUCGUUGUGGACGACCGUCUGCCGGUCAGCGCGGACGGAGUGCUGCUCUUCUGCCGCUCGGCCACACCACGAGAGUUUUGGAGCGCCCUGCUGGAGAAGGCCUACGCCAAGCUAAACGGUUGCUACGAGGCCCUGGAGGGAGGAAACACUACAGAGGCGCUAAUCGACUUCACCGGCGGGGUUUCGGAGCCCCUCAGCCUGGAUCGUGAGGCCCUCAGCCUGCACAGCGAUCAGAGGAGGGCGUUCUUCCAGACAUUAGCUCAGGCUCAUGAACGUAAAGCCCUCAUCACCUGCUCCAUACGGCCAGCAGAGGGGGAGACAGUGGAGUCGGUGUUGGACUGUGGCCUGGUUCGAGGACACGCCUACGGGAUCACAGCAGUGAGGAAGGUGAGGCUGGGGGAGACGGUGCCGGGCUGGACGUCCCGACUCUUCAUGGUGCGCAUGAGGAACCCGUGGGGGACCACACACUGGACGGGUCCCUGGAGUCAGGGGUCGCAGCAGUGGCAACAGAUGAGUCGUGCAGACAGGGAGAAGACGGGCCUGAUUGUCCGAGACGUGGGGGAGUUCUGGAUGAAUUUGGAAGAUUUCUGUCACUACUUCACAGACGUGGUGGUGUGCCGGCUGGUGGAGAGGGCUCUGCUGUGGCCGAGCUCUCACUGGAGGGAAGUGCGUCGCUACGGAGAGUGGGCUCGAGCUCCCACUACUACAGGAACCCCUCCAUCCACCGUCCUCCACAGCAACCACGCGCUGAGCUUGGGGAAGAACAACACCAAACCCGGAGUGACCAAGCAGCGAGGCAACCGGAAGGAGGCCAGACUUGGGGAGAGUCAGCCGAAGAAGGGAGGGGAAGGAGGAAAGUGUGAGCGAGAGAAGGUUGUGAAAAAGGUGACAAAGGAAGACGACAGUGGAGAGGUGGGAGGAUGGGAGGCACAGAUGGAUAAGAGGAGUCGAUGUGGAGGAUGCAUCAACCACAGAGACACUUUCCUGCACAAUCCACAGUUCAUGUUUGAGGUGAGAGGCAAAGAGCAGGAGGUGCUGAUCUGUCUGCAGCAGGAGGACAGGAGGAUACGGAGGAAAGAUGGAGGAGGAGAAAACCUGCCUAUCGGCUUCGAGGUGCUGAAGGUGGAGGUGAACCGCUGCAGCCGGGUGCAGUGUGUGGUGGAGCAGGCGGCCAGCUCGGUGUACAUGGACUCCCGCAGUGUGACGCUGAGGGGGACUCUGGCUCCAGGGCGCUAUGUUGUGCUGCCCACCACCUUCCUGCCGGGCGUCACAGGACGCUUCCUGCUACGCCUCUUCUGCCAUUCCCAUGUCGGACUCAGGGAAUUGAGGGAGGAUUUGCCGUCUCCCUCUGUCUUCCAGUGUUUUCUACCUCAACCCACUGUGGUGACCACAGUCCACCUCCGCAGGGCUUCAGGACUCGGCCUUCCCAAACAGACAGCUCCAGAUGUUUAUGCCAUAGUGCGGUGUGAGAAUGACACCAUCAGGACGCAAGUUUUCAAGGUGGAGGGAAACCCCGAGUUCAACCUCAGAGCUGUUUUCUACAGGAGAUACCCCGGCACACCCAUCUCUAUUGAGUUGUGGAGCAGAGGUCGGCUGUGGGACUGCGUGCUCGGCGAGGGUCGACUCCAGACGGCAGAGUCCGAGAGGAGUCGGAGCCACGUGAUCGAUCUGCGAGGCGGCCAAUCCCGUUCAGGAUGCCGAGGGUGCGUCUACGUUGAGACGUCCUCCAGCGUCUGCCUCACAGACUUGUGA